UCUUUGACAUCGAUACCUAAUUUGUCCUCUGAGGGAAAUGAGUUCCAAGUCAUCCAAAUGGUGUCGCCAAAAUGAUGGCAUCCUGCUCCAAGUUGAAAAGUCAUUGCGCAAACGUCAGCGGGUUGGUGUUUGCAUGUCAAACGUUUGCUUCCUUGUCCAAGCAGCGCCAGGGAGCGCUUCCCACGGUUCCCGAUGGCUCCUCCUCGCCACAUCCAACGCGGACGUCGGAUUCCGUGCCGUGUCUACGUAGCGACGCGUGUCCGUGCGCUAAAGUCUGAGGCGGCGUGACGGCCUUUGACCCGCUUUCGGCAUCGGCGCUCGCGUGAUGGAGAGCGCGUGGCGGCGCGUCCCGCUGGCGUGCUGCCGUCCUCGCGUGCUGGCGCUGCACGCUCUCUUCUGGGGCCUGGUGGCCCUCAGAGUCUUUGGAGCCGCCCUGUUGGCUGAAGACAAACCCGCAGCCGCCAAGGUCAACGUCGCCCCCUGCUGGCUACUGGAGGAGUUUGUGGUGACGGUGGAGUGCUCGCAGUGCGACGCCUUCCAGACGACGAGGCCGGCGUGCGGCCACACGGGCUACAUGGAAAAGGUCAACUGCACCAAAUCCAACCGGGAUGAGUACAAAAGCUGCCGCUCGGCCGUCAUGGAGGAACGUCUCUUCUGGAAGUUCGAGGCGGCCAUGUUGUCGGUGACGGCGUUGUCGGCCGUCUCGGUGGUCCUGCGUCAGCGCCGGCUGGACCGGCUGGCCUCCGAGAAAGUCCGCCGACAGAUCGAGUCCAUCUAGCGGCGUCGGCUUGGAAUUGAAACUCAAAACGCCGGAAGGAGCCGCCGCCGCUGACCCCGGAAUCCCCCGCCAUGUGGAGGAUGGCAUCUCUCGGAACGCUCGCCACGACACGACUGCUGCAUUUGCUUUGCCGCGAAGGUGCAAAUGAACUCUUAACAGCUCCAAUGAUAUUCCCCAGCUGAAUAAAGAUCACUCGUUUGAAUCCCAAAA